CCCUAUUUGAGGACAAACCAAAUAACCGAACGUUGGCCACGAUAAAGCAGAUUACGGCGGCGCAGGGAAUCCCGAUAGAUCUCCGAAGAAUUACGAGAUAUCCCCGAAUUAAGUCGCGGUACCCUCCACGAAUCGGUGUAGGAAAAGUGGCCAUCGCGAGGAACGAGGUGCAGGUACCUCUCUUUCGUGGCUGACCCUGUCAGCGAUAAAAGAGCCCGUGCGAGUCUCCCCCUGCUAGUCGAUCGCGGGUGCUCCGACUCCGCUCCGGGACGCGUCAGAAGUCGAGAAGCUGUCGCCGAUAGCAGCCGAGCUGCACCGCAGAUAAUCGUCCGGAAAAUGUCCGUGACCUAGAGCUCGCUCGCCGAACUCGAAGACCGCAUUUGCACCUGGCUGGAAAUCCCCGGAAUAAGAAUGGAACCCUCGCUGCUGCUCUGCCUGCUGCUCGGGUUCUACUCCGGGUUCUACUCCGGGUUCUACUCCGGAGCCGUCGACGCGGUCAGCAGGGGCUACGUGUUCACCGCCCCGAAGAGGCUCGUCUCCGGGGAUACCGAGAACGGGUGUCUUUCUUUGCACAACCUGCAACCACCCGCCCAGGUGCGACUGGAACUGCUCUCCCCUGCCGACGUCGCGGAGGAGGAGGAGGUCCUCGCCAGCAGCACCACCGUCCUAGAGACCGGUCCCGAGGGCUGCAUCGAGCUCCUGGUGCCCUCCACCAAGUACUCCACGGCGAGGCUGAGGCUGAACAUCAAGUUCUCCAAGCAUCCGGAUUACGUCGUCAACGCGGAAAAGGAAGUCGGCAUAGAGCACGACUCCUUGGUGACGUUUGUGGAGACCGACAAGCCGAUUUACAAGCCUGGCCAGGACGUCAACAUCAGGAUCCUGUCCCUGAAGCACGACCUGAAGCCCUGGAAGAAGCCGAUCCCGAAAGUAUGGAUCGAGAACCCCACCGAGGUCAGGGUGGCCCAGUGGGCGAACGUUACCACCAACCUUGGAAUGGUCGACCUGCUCCUUCCUCUGUCCCCGGAACCGAGCUUGGGAACCUGGAAGAUCAAGGUGGAGAAGAAGAAGUCGCAUCAUCAGCUCAUCGACACUGCCACCUUCGAGGUCAAGAAAUACGUCCUGCCGCGGUUCCAACUGACGAUAUCUUCCCCUGGGUACAUCCUCGCGGAUGCCGGGAACGUCACCUGGCACAUUUGCGCCAAGUACAGCUACGGGCAGCCCGUGAAGGGCUCCUUGCUGCUGAAGACGAUGUCACAGACGCCCAGCUGGCGGAGGAAGAAAAAUCUCCCGGAAAUUAAUUACGAGACAAAGCUGAAUUCCCCGGACGGAUGCACGGAUUUUACGGUGUCGGGGAACGAGUUGGGUCUGGCGCACUGGAAAGUGGCUCCGAACAACAUCAUCUUAACGGCGAACUUCACGGAAGCUGGUACCGGGAUCGUCGAAACCACGAGCAGCCGAACCGUCGUCGUCCAUCAGACCCUGAAGCUCGAGUUCGCUCCCUACACUCCAAAAUACUUCAAACUAGGACUGCCCUAUCAUGGAAAGCUGAGAGUCCUUCGCCAGGACGACACUCCAGCCCCGAACGAAAAAAUCCAACUGUGUCUACGUGUACGUGGCAAGGACGAGUGGCUGCGAGUCGUAGUGGAGUGUCGAAACUUCACGUCCUCCCCGGAUGGGUUCGUCGACUUCCUGGUCCCUCCUCAGCACAAGAACAUCGUCUUGCUGAGCUUCGUGGCCACGGGCAUCGAGUACCCCACAAAGUACUACUCGCCGGACAAACGGUGGAGGGUGUUCAUGGACCAGCCAUCGGCGUACUUCGACGCGAAUCCCUGGUACUCGCCCUCGGACAGUUACCUCGCGGUAGCGCGAGGCUAUCAGCCCAUCGUCUGCGGGGAGAGGUACUCCUUCAACGUGAUGUACUCGGUACCGGUGAACAACGACACGAACAGGACGAUAUCCUUCCACUACUCCAUCAACUCGAAGGGCGACCUGCUGAUAUUCGGACACGUGAAGCACCGACCGCAUCGAGAGUCCGUCCUAAAUUACUCGGAGUUCCGCAAUUUACUGGGCGCGGUCGACACUCCUACGAACAAGACGGAGCAGAACCACGUGGUGCACAGGUUCCCUCUGAGCGUGAAGGUGACUCCAAGUAUGGCCCCGGUUUCCGAGUUGCUGCUGUAUUACGUGCGCCCUGACGGCGAGACCGUGGCGACGACGUACACCAUCGAGGUAGGCCACUGUUUCGAGAACAAGGUGAAGACGGCUUGGCACGACGAGUCCCAGAGUCCAGGCUCGGCCACCCAGUUCCACGUGGAAGCUUCACCUUGGUCGAUUUGCGGAGUUUCGGUGGUCGACAAGUCCACGCGUUUCCUUGGAGGCUCCAAAACUGGCCUGGUGGACGCGGAUCUGGUUUUCAACCAGCUGAAGGCCUUCCACCUGGCCCCGGAGACUCGCCCGAUCCAAGAGGCCUGGAACCACUGUAAAAAGACAGCGGAACCGGAAGCGAGCGUCGAAGAGAUAGAUCACCUGCCCCGACCUGCGGUGGAGGAGCCUCCGGUUUGGGACCAGCGAAGGAAGAAGAGGACGACGUUCCUGAGCACCCAUGUUAAUUACGUGGACGCCAUACAGGCCUUUGACGAUUUCGGAGCGAUUGUCAUAAGCGACCUGAUCCUGGAAUCGCGUCCAUGUCCCAGUAUCUCGUUUCUACCCCAUGGACCCAGAAUUAGUCUAAACAACAUGAUGAUCCGAGAACUCGACGAGCCUGACAGACUGUUAAAAACCGUAAACGCGUUGCCUCUCGCUUUCCCGCUGCUGAAUUUCCAAGUCCCUGGUCUUCAGGGUCCUUCGGUAAACGCGGGACUGGGCUACGUGGAACAGCCUCCGGAUCAAGCGACGAUCUUGAGAUCCUACUUCCCAGAGACCUGGCUCUGGGAAACGGUACAAACAGGAAAAGAAGGAAAAGCGACACUGGAGCGCAGUCUUCCGCACACCAUAACCGACUGGAUUGGCCACACGGUUUGCAUUUCUCCAAAACAUGGUCUGGGAAUUUCGCCCCCGACGUCCAUCACGGCUUUUCAGCCCUUCUUCCUCGACUACAGUCUACCCUACAGCGUGAAGAGGGGAGAGAUUCUGCGAAUGAAAGUGUCACUCUUCAACUACAUGCAGCACAGUUUACCCGUGAAGAUCAAGCUCGAAGACGCGAAGGGUCUCGAGCUGCAGAAAUCGUCAGACGCCGCCUCAUACUGUGUUAAAUCGAGAGACAGCGUGGUCCACGAGUACGCCUUGAAGUCAAAAGACCUAGGAGAAAUUAACAUCACCGUAUCGGCUGCAAUUGACCCUGACUAUGCCGAGCCAUGCGGUCCCGAAACCUUGGUGUACACCAGAGAUGAAAUAGUGAAGCCCAUCCUGGUGCAGCCGGAAGGAUUUCCCGUGGAGUUGACCAAGUCCGCGUUCGUGUGCCCCAAGGACUUCAGCGACGACUCGAUGAUCUCCUGGGUCCUCGAGCUCCCCAAGGACCUGGUGCCCGACAGUGCCAGGGGAUACGUUUCCUUCAUCGGCGACAUCCUGGGACCGGCUUUGGAAAAUCUCAGCAACCUCGUCCGACUUCCCAUGGGCUGUGGCGAACAGAACAUGAUCCUCUUCGUGCCCAACAUCCAUGUCAUCGGGUAUCUGGAUGCCAGCGGGAUGCAGAACGACGCACUGCGCGCCAGAGCCGUAAAGAACAUGGAAAAAGGGUACCAACGAGAGCUGAAUUACAGACACCCUGACGGCUCUUACUCCGCAUUCGGACCGGACAGCUCGAUGAGUGGCGGCUCCAUGUGGUUGACCGCUUUCGUCGUCAAGUCCUUGGCGCAAGCUCGCAGCAUAAUCCACAUAGACGAGCGGGACUUGAAAUUCUCGGUGAAAUGGAUCACCAGGAGGCAGCUGGAGAACGGCUGCUUCCCCCUGAUCGGAAAAGUCUUCCAUAAAGACAUGAAGGGUGGUCUUCAAGAUGAGGAGACCUCGUCCCCCGCAUUGACCGCGUACGUUCUGAUCUCCCUGCUCGAGUCUGGAGUGCCCUUAUCGGCGUCCCUUAUCAACAAUGCCCUGUAUUGUCUGGAAAAGGGCAUGGAAAGCGACAGCGAGAACCCCUACACUCCUGCCCUGUCGACCUACGCCCUGGCAUUGUUGGAGCACCCGAAGGCGAAAAUCAAUCUGCAGUCCCUGAUGGCUCGCGCGACGAGGCAUAACAACCUGCUCUGGUGGGAAGACAAGGUAAAGCCUUCCAUGGGCCUCAGCAUCGAGAUGACGGCUUAUGCCGUGUUAUCGUUGGUCAAGCUGGGUGGUGAAGAUAACAUGGUCGAGGCCCUGAAGGCCGUCAGGUGGAUGUCGAAGCAGAGAAACGCGGAAGGUGGGUUCACCUCUACGCAGGACACGGUUUUAGGUCUGGAGGCCCUUUCAAAGUAUGCCGUGGCCAUGUCCACGAAAACCACCGACCUCUCCGUUCUCGUGACCGCUGGCGACGUCGACAGGGUCUUCAAGGUGGAGAACGAGGACCGGCUGGUCCUCAAUCAGAUCAAACUCCCAGUUCUGCCGACAGUCGUCGAGGUCUUCGCCGAGGGGGAGGGUUGUCUGCUGGUCCAGAGUAACCUGAAGUACAACGUGGCUCAUGCCACGGGUUCCCAAGCUUUCGAGCUCUCCGUCACCGCGGAAUCCGUAGCCCUGGUCGACGAGUGCUCCAUGCAGAAGAUCACCGUCUGCGGACGCUAUAAAUUGGCGGAUGAAGAGAGCAACAUGGCUUUGCUGGAAAUCGGCAUGAUCAGCGGAUACGUGCCCGACAGGAGCAGCCUUCACGGCUUGCUAGAGGAUCCCAGCACGCAGGUGAAGAGGUUCGAGGACGAGAAAGGCGCGGUCACCAUCUACUUCGACAAACUGACGGCCCAGAGGAAGUGCAUCUCCUUCAUCGUCAACAGGGAGAACGUCGUCGAGCGCCCCGAACCUGCCAACGUCAAGUUGUACGAUUACUAUCAGCAGGAACUAACCGUAACGACGAGCUACAACUUCAAGGAGUCGUGCAGGAGUGCGGAGGAAGUAGAAGAGCACGACCCGAUCCCGAACCCCAUGCCGGUGGAGCCGGACCCGAAUAAGCCUGCCAUGGGGAAGACGAUUAACGACAGAAUCAUGGAGAGGUCCUUCAAGGGCUCCGGCAAGGAUGGGGCGAGCUCCAAGAACAAACUCGCCGCGUCGAUCACGGACAAGCCGGAGGUGAAGACGGUCCCCCCGGCGAGGGUCACCGAGCUAAUAGAAAAGCUCCGAGAGAGGAUCGCGGCGAAAACUAAAAGCGAGAAAUCGGAAGCAUCGACCUCGAGGACGGACACACCUCUAGACGUGGCCUCGAAGCCAACGGAUCCAAACUUAGACGGAGCCGACCCACUUCCAGGUGCAAUUCUGCACGACGACUCCGGAAGUGGCCAGCAACCAGAGGGUCCGGAGACGGGGCUGAACCCGACAUUCGUCGAGAUCGAUCACGACCUGGAGGUUCCGGAAGGAGUCGAGGGGCCUCCCCCGGUGUUCGUGAAGCCCACCGAUGAGUUCGUCCAGGUGGACGAGGACGACGUGCAGAGUCCCUCGAAAAUCCGGCACGAAAAGGGGCGAUUCAAGGAGCACUCCGAGGUGGCUGCGGCGAGGAACGAGAGUCCACGGACGGUCUCGAAGGACGCGACUUGUCCGUGGUGUGCCGACGUUCCUCCGGCGAACGCAAACGAGACGUUUUGCGCAGCUACGAGUGCCGUCAAGGUGGCGGUAAGAAGAUGGCGCAAAGUCAGGCUCCUGUUGGACAUGAAGGCCCCUCGUCAGCCUAAACGUUUGCGCUCGACGGUGCAGCUCAAACUGGACGCGGAUUGCUCGUGCCAGCCGCUCGACAGUCCCGGGACUUUUGCCCUUUUGCUGGACUCCGAGGGCGUCAAUUGGACCGCCGUCGAGGAGCACUCGCAGUUAACGGUGGGCAAGUCGAUGUCGGUUUACACCUUGCCCAACGUCGAGGGACUUUUGCCGCAAUUCGCCGGGGCACGCGCGGCCUGUCCUUCGGGAUUGAACGAGAGUAUCGACAAGGAGGGAAGACAGUGAGUGAGUCGGACAGUCGGUGGAAUUAAAAGGCAGAUUUAGGUUUUCCAUCGCCGCAAGCCGACCGUAUGGACGCAGCUCCUCGGCCACGGAGAAGUCGGCGAGACUGCCCGAGUCCCUCCGUAUAUAAGACCGGGCUCUUCGAUUCCCGAGGGACUUCCAAAGCGAAUCUCUAAACGUCGAACAGAGUUAGGCUAGCGUAAUCAUUUAGGCGAGUCGCUCGUUAAGGCUCGAUAGUCCGUAAUUAAUAAUAUAAUUGCCCCAGAGGUUUGUACCGAACGAUUGUCCCCUUCUUUUUUAUAUCAUAAACCGGACCUGUAAAUAAAUCGAAGAGAGAGGCCUCCUACGUA